AUGUAACAACAACGCAUGUGCUAGUCACGUUAUUUCUUUUCUCACCUAAAACAUGACGUCCACGACCUUAUCGGCACCUACUCGUUCAUUCCUGCACUAUCUAAGUCGCCGUGCGAACCCAUUCAAACAUCGCCAUCAUCAAGCUGGAGUAACACACUUUGUAAGGUGCUAUUAUGAAUCUGGAAAACCCGCUACUGGGUGUCAGUCAGAAUCUGCCCGGACCAUAGAUCUACGGAGCGAUACCGUCACAAAACCUGGGCCGCUGAUGCGACGCGCCAUGUCAGAGGCCAAGGUUGGGGACGAUGUAUUUGGCGAGGACCCUACUGUCAACGAGCUACAGAAGCAGGCGGCAGAGCUCUUUGGGAUGGAGUCGGCCCUCUUCUGUCCUACAGGAACUAUGAGCAAUCUGAUAGCAGUCAUGGUUCACUGUCGAGAGAGAGGAGAUGAGAUGAUUGUGGGGGACCUGUCUCACCUGCACAUCUAUGAGCAGGGAGGCAGCGCACAGCUUGCUGGGGUCCACUCCACCACUGUGACCAACUUCCCGGACGGUACCUUUGACCUGGACCAGCUGGAGUCCAAGAUCCGCCACGGCUACCCGGACGCGCAUUACCCGCGGUCCCGCCUAGUGUGUGUGGAGAAUACGCACAACAUCCAGGGGGGCCGCGUGCUGCCCCUGGCCUUCCUAAAGGAGUUGCGGUCACUUGCGGACAAGUAUGGAUUAAUGGUGCACAUGGAUGGGGCUCGUGUGAUGAAUGCGGCUGUCACUCUGGGCGUUCCACCAUCUACCAUCCUGCAGCACUGCCACACUGUCAGCGUCUGCCUGUCCAAGGGUCUUGGAGCACCAGUUGGCACUAUGCUGGGUGGACCCCAGGAUUUUGUGAAACAGGCGGUGCGUGCCCGCAAAGCUCUGGGUGGUGGAAUGAGGCAGGCGGGCAUCUUGGCAGCCGCUGGGAAGCUGGCACUGUCAGACAUGGUGGGUAGACUGCAGAAGGACCACCGCAAUGCCAGGAGCUUUGCACAAGCCCUGCUGCAGUGUGACUCCCCAGUCUAUCAGGUGGACCUUGCUGCCGUGGAGACGAACAUUGUGCGCUUUCGCGUGUGUGCCGAGGGCAUAAGCCCUGCGGAGCUGUGUGAGCGGGCGGCUGCUGUGUCCGAGGACGAGGAGCGGGCACUGGGCCAGGGCGUGCGGGUGCUCAUGUUCCCGCACGUUGCCGGUUCUGUGAGGGCCGUGUGGCAUGUGGGCAUCUCCAAGGAGGACACGCAGCUCGCUGCCCAGAAGAUGCAGUUUGUAGCUCAGCAGCUGACCAGAGAGAGGGCCAGAGCCCAUUAAGUGCCUCCUCCACACACACACACACGCACACACACCACACCACCACUACCACAACCAGAACUGGGACAUGAACUGGCAAGACACCUAAGAGCUAGACUUUGUAGGCAAUAGGCAAUCCUGCACAUUAUUUACCAGUAGCAGAGAUUCCCUCUUUCUUUCUCUCAUUUUAUCUUUCUAAGUGCUUUUGUCCCAUGAGCUUUGAGAUCAACAAUCAGCCUAAUGAACUGUGAUCUGCAAGCCUCCUCAGAGAUCAGCGCGGGUAGCGAUGACGCUGGUGGGAAUGGAAAACAAUUACGGAAAGGUUUGAACCAUCUUUUGAUGCAAUAUCUUCUAGCCAGAGCUUAGCCAGCGGAUAGCCGCUGCCAGGAAUUCUUCCCAGUUCCGACAAUGAGACAACCAAGCGUUUCCACUGGGCAGUACAGUGCACAUUUCUGUUCAUGUUUCAGUGAUAACAAUUUCGGUGGAAUCUGACGUAGUUAUGCUGACGCAAAACCAUAUUUUUUCAACUGGGUUUCAGACUAUAGUGCUCCCUCUGUCAUUUUUAAACACUAACCAAAUGCUUACAGACUCAUCGGGGUCUGACCUGACACAAGAUCAAGUUGUGAUUUCAGAAACAGAAUAACUUUGUUUUGCUUACUUGACUAAUGUUUGCAAUUCAUUAUUAUAGUAUGGUGAUUCAGUUAUGAUAUGCAGAUGCUUUAUUCAGUGGCCUAUGCAAGGUCUGGCAUAACCUGUUAUAUUGGAAUUAGGGCUGUCAAUCGAUUAAAAAAAGUAAUCUAAUUAAUUACAUACUCUGUGAUUAAUUAUUCUAAA